AUGACCAUGGAAGGUAUUCCAGUGAGUGCAGCGAUGGGGGCCCUGAACUCCGUCCUGGAGAAGCUGGCCACUCUAGUGGUCGAUGAGUACAAGCUUUGCAAGGUGAUGGGCAGUGAGAUCAAAUUGCUCACAGAUGAACUCACGUUCAUGCAUGCGUUUCUCCUGAAAAUGACGGAGGUUGAGGAUCCUGAUGUGCAAGAUAUGGUUUGGAUGACGGCGGUGCGUGAGCUGUCCUAUGAUAUAGAGGACUCCAUCGACGACUUCAUGCAAGACGAAGACGCUAAGCCAGAUGGCUUCAUUAAGAAAAUGAUGCACAUGAUGGGGAUGUGGGGAAAGAGGAAGCGUCACCAUCAGAUGUUCCUAGACUUGAAGAAACGAGCCAUUGAGGUGGGCGAGAGGAGUGAAAGGUACAAGACUCGUCAGGUCUUCUCGAACACCAAAAAUGGAACUGUUGACCCUAGAGCUCUUGCUAUCUUUGAGCACGCAUCAAAGCUUGUUGGAAUUGAUGAACCCAAGGCCGAACUAAUCAAACUAUUGACCGAAGAGAAUGGAUGUGCGUCAACACAAGUGCAACCGAAAAUGGUGUCCAUUGUUGGGUCCGGAGGAUUGGGCAAGACAACUCUUGCAAACCUAGUGUAUCAAGAGCUUAAAGAGAAAUUCAAGUGUAAGGCUUUCGUAUCAGUGUCACGAAACCCAGACAUGACAAAUAUAUUGAGAACCAUUCUCAGUGAAGUAAGCUGCCAAGGUUAUGCUCAUACAGAAGCAGGAAGCAUACAACAAUUGAUAAGCAAGAUUAGUGAUUAUCUAGUGGACAAAAGGUAUUUUCUAGUGAUUGACGAUAUAUGGGACACUAAAACAUGGGAUGUUAUUAAGCACGUGUUCCCCAUGACAAAUUGUGACCCUUCCCUGGACCCUGCGCAAGCGGGAGCUACAUGCACCAGGUUGCCCUUUAUAAUAAUCACCACUACUCGUAUGGGUGAUGUCGCUUGUUCAUGUUGUUUAUCAAUUGGUGGCCAUAUCUAUAAUAUGAGUCCGCUUAGUAUGGUGCACUCAAGGCAACUAUUUCACAAAAGAUUAUUUGACUCCAAAGAAGACCUCCCUUCCCACCUUGAGAAAAUUUCUGAAGAAAUUCUGAAAAAAUGUGAUGGUUUACCUUUGGCAAUCAUUGCUAUAUCUAGUUUGUUGGCUAAUAAAGAGAGAUCAGAGCAACUAUGGAACCAAGUGAAAGAUUCAAUUGGCCGCGCACUUGAAAGGAAUCCUAGCAUUGAAGGAAUGAUAAAGAUACUGUCACUUAGUUACUUUGAUCUUCCUUCUCAUCUGAAAACCUGUCUCCUGUAUCUCAGUAUAUUUCCAGAGGAUUCUAUUAUUCAGAAGAAAGUCUUAAUAUGGAGAUGGAUUGCCGAAUGA